GCGGAAGUGACGCCCGCUUUGAGGCCACUUCCGGUGGGAAGAGGACUUGAGGGAGGCGGAGAGCCAAGCGAGUGAGUGGCUGCCCCUCCGACCCAGUGAUCAGGGAAAACAUGGCUACCAAUUGGCUUGGAAGCAUCGUCUCUAUCAACUGCGGGGACAGCCUGGGAGUCUACCAGGGAAGAGUAUCGGCUGUGGACCAAGUCAGGCAGACAAUCUCAUUGACACGGCCUUUUCACAAUGGGGUCAAGUGUUUGGUGCCAGAGGUCACCUUCAGGGCAGGUGACAUCACUGAGCUGAAGAUCCUGGAGAUCCCAGGCCCGGGUGAUAACGGGCCAUGUGGAGACUUUCAGCAGAAUGACCUUGGCAUGUCCGGGAUUGGAUUCCAUGGAAACGCCAGCCAGAACGGCACUGGGAAACUGCUGAAGAAACCCGGCUCUAACAGCAGCGCCCCCCAGAACAUCCCCAGGAGGACAGACGCGAGAAGCCAAGACGUGGCCGUAUCCCCCCUGCAGCAUCAGUGUUCCAAGAGCUACAUGGACCGGCACAUGGAGUCCUUGAGUCAGUCGAAAGUCUUCCGCCGGAGGCACAACUCCUGGUCCUCCAGCAGCCGUCACCCGAACCAGGCGACCCCGAAGAAGAGCGGGGUGAAGAACGGGCCCAUGAAGAACAAGGACGACGAGUGUUUUGGGGACGACAUCGAGGAAAUCCCGGACACGGAUUUUGAUUUCGAGGGGAACCUGGCGCUCUUCGAUAAGGCAGCCGUGUUCGAGGAGAUAGAAACGUACGAGAGGAAAAGCGGGACCCGCUCGAGAGGCACGCCGAAUGAGAAGUCCACCCGCUAUCGGCACGACGAGAACAUCUUGGAAUCUGAGCCCAUCGUGUACCGAAGGAUCACCGUGCCCCAGGCCAGUAAAGAGUUCUGCACUGAUUCCGGGCUGGUUGUUCCCAGCGUCUCCUACGAGCUGCACAAAAAGCUGCUCUCUGUGGCUGAGAAACACGGGCUGACUCUGGAGCGGCGACUGGAAAUGACCGGGGUGUGUGCCAGUCAGAUGGCUUUGAGUCUGCUUGGGGGACCCAACAGGCUGAACCCGAAGAACAUUCACCAGCGCCCCACCGUUGCCUUGCUGUGCGGCCCCCAUGUGAAGGGGGCCCAGGGGAUCAGCUGCGGCCGGCACCUGUCCAACCACGACGUGCACGUCAUCCUCUUCCUCCCCAACUUCGUCAAGAUGCUGGAAUCGAUCACCAACGAACUGACGCUCUUCGGCAAGACUCCAGGGCAGCAGGUGUCCAGCGUCAAAGAUCUUCCAGCCACGCCCGUCGACUUGGUGAUCAACUGCUUGGAUUGCCACGAAAAUGCCUUCCUGAGGGACCAGCCCUGGUACAAGGCAGUGGUGGACUGGGCCAACCAGAACCGAGCUCCGGUCCUCAGCCUAGACCCCCCGGUGAGCGAGGCGGAGCAGGGCAUCGAUGCCAAAUGGUCACUGGCCUUGGGCCUCCCCCUGCCGCUGGGCGAGAGGGCCGGGCGGGUGUACCUGUGCGACAUCGGCAUCCCCCAGAAGGUCUUCCAGGAGGUGGGCAUCAACUACCACUCGCCCUUCGGCUGCAAGUUCGUCAUCCCCCUCCACUCGACCUAGAGCGGGGCUCGACCUUCUCUUGAAGGAUGGGAGGGGGCCCCCCCGAUUGCCUCGACCUCCCCCUCGCGAAAGGAAUCCAUAUUGGAACUCUUGACGCCUUAAGGAAGCAAAGAAACCACUCCCCCCCCCCCCCCCCGGGUUUGUUGUUUCCUUCUGGAAGAAACCUGAAGUGUUAAAGAGAACCGGGGAAGGACUGCUGUGUACCGCGGAGUCUUGGACGCACUCGUGCCAUUGCCUGAAGGAGCCGCCCCACAGAGCCAAUGGGCUAAGGGAGUCGGCAGGGGCGAGGGGGUGCGGAGUGGAUUGUUUCCAUUCGUACACAAAAGCGCCCUUGCCCGGUUGGGUACCAGAGGGUGGGAUUCCUGUUUCGUUUCCCCCUUUGUAGUGAGAGCGGUUUCUCGGGUGCCGUCCCCCUCUCAUCCGACCACGUGGGAACUCCGGCACUCCUCCUGCUGUGUCCCCCCACCCCACCCCCCUUCUCGUGCAGCUAAAGCCCAACUCUCAGUUCACACCUGAAGCUAUAUUGGGAACCCUUGAGUAUACUCUGUCUUGAGAGGCAGGGCCCGGUGCCCCUAGUGGCGAUUUUGAGGUUGCCAGAUCAGCACUUGAGUCAUUUGACCCAAAGGCAAGCUAUCUAAGCGGCGGCUUCCCUUUUUAUGAGGCUUUGUUUCUUUUUUGUGGUUCUUUUUUUUUUUUGCUGGGUGAGCGAGUGGCUCAAAGGACAGAAGGGAGCCGGCGAAACGGUGCUUGUGCUUGUGUCGGCCACACACAAGCGGCCGUCCUCCCGCCUUGCUGCAGAAAUCCACAAUUGCUGGUGGUUUUUCUUUCCCCCCACCCCUCCCCCUUCGUCGAGGUUCCGGGAACAAAUCUGUAGCAACAGAGGAGGGCUCUUUUUCAGCCUCCCCAGGGCUCAGGAGUCACCAGAAGAUCCGUGCACGCGGCAGCGGCGUCUCGUUCCCGCGUCGACGCCGUCUCGAUCGGGCACGCGAGGGCACAGUGUUGUGGAAGAGGGCGCUCUCUGCCCUCCGACGGGCUCUUUAUUUCUUGUCGAGAAGCCUAGCCCACGGAGCCACUUCUGUCCCCCCGCAUGUGCCGUUGUACCGAUCUAACCCGGCUCCCUCGCACUUGGAGCAUGAGUUCUGUAUAAGCACUGCAGGCGAAUCGUGCAUCACUGCCGUCUCCUCUCUCCACUCGGGGAAUGAACCCCACCCCCCUCGGUGGUGGCGACUUCCUGUCCCCUCAAAGCACUGCCGGCACGCUGCUUUGUGACGUGGCCCCGCCCUCUCUAGACUUCGGGGAUACAAAAGCCUUGUGAAGUGACCGAGCUUGAACGCCUCCUGCCGGCUUUUGAGCAGUCAACCGCGCUUCAACCCCCUCCUGUCUGUGUGUCUCAAGGUGCCAUACUGAAGCUCGUUCGCCCAGCCACGACUGUGAUUAAAACAUACAGUAAAAGCA